AUGCUCUCACGUGUUGCUGCAGUGAAGGCACCCCGCACACACAACCGUCGCCGCGUGACCGGAUCCAGCGGGAGGAGGAGGGAAGGAAGAGAGAGUGAGCCGCAGAGGCCCAACAUUUCCCGGCGUGUGUUUACUUCCGCGGUGCUGCUCCUCCUCCUCGUGAUGAUGUGCUGCGGCACUGGAGGUGCAACCGCUGAUGUGGGGGCGACACAAGCUAAGGGAUCUUCACCGGAGAAACCGUUUCAUUGGAGGGAUGUGAAAAAGGAUGGGGAAACAAUGAAUUCUUUACGUGCUCCAGUUCUUGUUGAGGUGAAUGGUAAUUUGUUUGCCGUUGCCGAGGCGCAGUGCAAUGAGGCCCAAGACACCGUCUUUACUGGCAUUGCAUCCCAACUUCUCAAGAAAACAGCGGAUAACCAAAGGGAAGAAGUUCUGAAGGAUGCCAAGGACACACAAGUUCUGGAGGAAGGCGGCUCCCCAGAGGGAAAGAAAGUAAAUGUGAGCCGACCAACAGCAGUUGUGGAUGAAGGUAAUAUUUACAUGCUUGUUGGAAAACACAGCCAUGAAGCUGCUGAUACCUGUCAGGCUGAGACUGAGAAGAUCAAAUCGGGAACAUUGCUGGUGAAGGGUGAGGUCAGUGGUGAGGCCGACAACAAACAAAUCCAUUGGAAGGAAACUGACGGUGUACCGUGCACUCUAGGCGACAAACACAACUCCUUGUCACAACUGACUGGCGGCGGUGGAUCGGGCGUUAAGAUGAACGACAGUACGCUUGUGUUUCCAGUGGAAGGCUUGAACGAACUUGACGGAAAUAAGAAGACCGUUUCGCUGAUUAUACACAACUCGGCGGAUACUAAGCGUUGGACGCUGUCGAAGGAGAUGUCUGACGGUGGCUGCAGUGAUCCCUCCGUUGUGGAGUGGGAGAAGGGAAAACUCAUGAUGAUGACUGCGUGUGAUGAUGGCCGCCGCAGGGUGUACGAGUCCGGUGACAAGGGGGAUUCGUGGACGGAGGCACUCGGGACACUCUCGCGCGUGUGGGGCAACAAAAAGGGAAAUGAGAAGGGCGUUAGAAGCGGGUUCAUCACAGCGACGAUUGACGGUGAUGAAAAUAACAGAAAUGUGAUGCUCGUCACCCUGCCGGUGUAUUCCGAGGAGGACAGUAAGAAAGAAAAAGGUGAACUCCAUCUUUGGCUGACGGACAAUACGCACAUUGUUGAUAUUGGGCCGGUAUCCGAGGGAGCUGAUGACGCUGCCGCCAGCUCCCUGUUGUACAAAAGUGCUGAAAGUGGAGAUAAUAAUGAUGAGAAGUUGAUUGCACUGUACGAGAAGAAGAAGAACGGUGGGAAACCAUCACACAGUCUUUGGUCUGUGCGUCUGACUGCGCAGCUGCAGCGUGUGAAGGAUGUGCUGGCGACCUGGAAGAAAGUAGACGAACGCGUCUCCAAGCUGUGCCUCUCUUUAAAUGUUGAGAAGGAUACCUCAUCUGGCACUGCCAUGCCGACAAAUGGGCUGGUUGGCUUUUUGUCCGGCAACUUCUCUGAUAACACAUGGAAGGACGAGUACCUCGGAGUGAACGCCACAGUGAAGGGGAAUGAUGAUGGGGAGAAAGGGGCAACAAAGACUUCUGAUGGUGUGCAGUUCCAUGGUGCGUGGGCGGAGUGGCCUGUUGGCGAGCAGGGGGAGAAUCAGCUGUAUCACUUUGCGAACUACAACUUCACUCUUGUGGCGACGGUAUCCAUCGACGGUGUGCCGAAGAGCGGCAGCCACAUUCCUUUGAUGGGUGCGAAGAUGAAUGACGAAAAUAAGAAUACAGUUUUCCUGGGACUGUCGUACAACGGCGGAGGUAAGUGGGAGUUGUCUUGCGGUGGCGGAACGAACUCUCAGGAGCACAACAGCGCUUGUGAGACAGAGAAAACAUACCAAGUGGCCAUUGUGCUACAUAACGGCACACAGGGCUCUGCGUACGUCGAUGGUAAGCUUGUGGGGAGUGCGCAAUGUGAAUUGAAAACCGCGGAGUUGAAAGAGAUCUCACACUUCUACAUUGGAGGGGAUGGAGGCAGCGCAGAGGGCCAAGAAGGCGUGUCUGUGACUGUGACGAACGUCCUGCUGUACAACCGCCCGUGGACUGAAGAGGAGGUUGGCGCCCUCAACCCGAAUAAAGACACCAUUACGUCUCCGGUGACCGAAAAUGCGCCGGGAAACAUGUUGCAGUCUCCUGCGAAACCACAGCCUUUGGAAGAGGAACCGUUGACGACUAAUAUUGGUGGCAGUGACGGUGUAUCCAGUGCAGCUUCCACUGCUACGACUCUCUCGUCUGAUGUUUCCCAAGAGGCGGCAACAAGGGGUGGAGAUACGAUGCGGGGAAAUGGAUCACCCCAAACUCCUGAGGUGAGCGUGAGCUCUGGUGAGGAUGGGGAGACGGCGGGAAGAACGGAUGGUCAGAAACGGGAGGACAUCCGUAACAGGGAAGUGAAAGCUGCGGCACUCAGCAGCAGCCUCGGAAAUUUGUCGCAGGGGAAUAAAAGCGAUGCCGGCACUGUGUGUGGGAGCGGACUUCUGCCGUUGCUUCUUCUGUUGGGAACGUGGGGUUUGCGGCUCAGUGAGGAGUGA